AUGGCACCGGCGGUCCGACAUUCAAUCUCUGGUCGUCCAUCACGCAGUAAACCUAGGCCUUCCCUUAAAUCAUCCAACAGCGGCUCCUUCGAUUCCCCUGACGGCCCUGCUUCAAAAAAGCGAAAGUACGUUCCAGGUGGCCCUGGAGGAGGAGGAAGAUUCAUCGACUUCGACGCUGCAGCUGCAGCCGCCGCCGCCGCCGCCGCCCAAGAAACUCCCAAGAAAACCACUCUCCGACGCCACUCCGCAAGUGCUCGAAGCCGUCCACCCGGUGAGAUGGAUCAACCGUUCUUAGCCCCUCCACCACCACCUCCCAUCAUGCCCACAACUCCACCCUCUAUGUCGCGUCCAAGGCGCGAUAAGAACCAAACCCGCGGUCGGUUCACCUCCUCCACGGCCGCCGCUCUUGCUCUCCAACAAGGCGAUGGGUACAAGCCACGCGAAGAACGCGGGUGGGAAGAGUUCCAUCCUGACUUGGACAUUGAUGGCAAAAUUGCUGUCUUCACGUCCGAAGAGGUUGAUGCCCCGGAUAACUCUGCUCCUGUCUUGAGCUUGGAGUCACUGGCUGGUGCGACAGUCUCGGAUCUUUCAGGAUCACCAGUCAUCAUAUCAGGCGAAAUGGCUUCUCCAAUCCCAAUCAAACGCAGGCCUGGCCGUCCACCUCGUCGUCCCGAGGCCAUCCUUAACGCCCUUCUUGCCCAGCAAGGACAAAAGAUUAUACCGCCCCCGGGCCCCAACCCCCGAGAGAAACUAACACUGCCCAAGCCGUCGUUCAGACUGCGUGACCCUUUCACAUUCUAUGAGAAGAAGGGUGUCGGUCAUCAAAACUAUGUCGACCGGACUAUGGCAAAUGUCGGAUACCAGGAAAGCGAUCUUUUCCUCCGCCAUGACCGGCGAUUUAUUCGAAUGACUGAAGGCACCCAAGAAGAUGACCUCGAUGUGAUUCAACCUGCCAUGACAGAUGGAGACGUUAACACCACCAUUGGACGUGUCGAAUAUGACAUGGAUGAGCAGGAUGAAAAAUGGUUGGAAGAAUACAACGCCAAGCGCCGUGAAGAUCAGCUCGAACCCAUCAAGCCUGCUGUGUUUGAGAUUACCAUGACUAAAAUCGAAAGGGAGUGGCAUGCCCUCGAGAAGCGCAUCCCCAAGCCGAAUCCCAAACCCCCACAAACCGGACGUCUUCGCUCUAGCUCUGCAGCUGCAGUCAAUGGCGAGACUGUUGGACCAGGCGAAGAACAAGAUAGCAAGUGCGCUAUCUGUGAUGAUGGCGAUUGUGAAAACUCGAAUGCAAUUGUUUUCUGCGAUGGUUGUGACCUUGCAGUGCAUCAGGAGUGUUAUGGUGUUCCUUUCAUUCCAGAAGGUCAGUGGCUUUGCCGCAAGUGCCAGUUGCUGGGAAGAGGGUCCACCAAUUGUAUUUUCUGCCCAAACACUGAGGGCGCAUUUAAACAAACAACCUCAUCCAAAUGGGCUCAUCUACUCUGCUCUUUCUGGAUCCCUGAAGUCUCUAUUGGUAAUCCAUCUCUUAUGGAACCGGUGACCGAUGUUGAAAAGGUUCCACGCAGCCGCUGGAAGUUGAAUUGUUACAUUUGCAAACAGCGGAUGGGUGCAUCUAUUCAAUGCAGCAACAAAAACUGCUUUGUUGCCUUCCAUGUUUCAUGUGCACGCAGAGCUCAACUUUAUCUAAAGAUGAAGAUUGGCCAUGGUCUUAUGGACUCGCACCUUCUCAAGGCUUUCUGCGACAAGCACGUUCCUCCUGACUGGCGAUUGGAGCAUGGUACUGAUACUGCAACUGCCGAUGCCAUCGAAUAUUACCGCAAUACCAUGCAAGGUAGACGCUGGGGAGACAGCCAAGCCGCGGCACUCUCGAUGGGCCCGGCGCACCCUAAUGAUGGAGAAGGAGAGGAUCGUACCCUCACUCCUCGCAUUACCUUGACAGUUGGCAGCAAUAAACGGAAACGUGUUCCCAGAACAAUCUGGAAGCUGCCCUCCGGUGCCCCAGUCAUCCCCCAGGUUGUGUUAAACUCAGUGAUUGCUUCUCUUGGGCGAUUUACGGUCCGCCAAAGGAAGCAAUAUGCCGAGGAUGCAUCCAAAUAUUGGACAUUGAAACGAGAGGCGAGACGUGGAGCAGCAUUGCUCAAGCGACUGCAGUUGCAGUUGGAGACCUUCUCAUCUAUGGAAAUGACACGAAGAGACUACGUGGCAAUGGGUGUACCCGGACACAAACGUCUGGAGCGUCGCAUUGAGUUUGGUGAGAGACUUUACAAGGAUCUCGAUCGAUUGAGGAUGCUAUGCGACGAAGUGAAGAAACGGGAGAGGGAGAAGUUGAAGGAUGCAGAGAUGCUCCGUAACAUCGUCGAUCUUGUCUACUUCCCUACGUUCCCACUGCUGUGGCCAAUCUUUGAGAAGGCUCAACUGCUCGAUGGAAAGGGUGUGUUUGCAGCAGGCUUGAUGUCAAUCCGGCAAAGGCUCAACGAACGAUUCUAUCCGUCUGUUGCUGCCUUCUCUGCCGAUUUGGCCACCCGCUGGCGACACCGCGGAACUCAAGCGCAGAUCAGUGGUCGCGCCCCGGAGCUCAGCCUGGAGCAACGCGAGAAGAGAAAAUUGGCAAAACGGAUAAUCAAAGUCAUCCAGCCUUCCCUCGAGGAUGCCAUCAGGAAAGAAAGCGAGCUCAACCGCAAACCAUUCGAGAAGGAGUUGAAGGAACUGGAUGUAAUUCUUGACCACAGUGUGAUGUCACGCAGUGGUGAUUCUGUCGAGCCGGAAGGUGAUACUGAGCUUUCUGGUCACCCUGAUGCUAUGGAAGGAGUUGAACAAGCACUUCCUACGACAGAGGCUCCAUCGGAAACCCUGCCUAUAGAUGAGCAACACCCUGAAGCAGAAGAACUACCUCCUGCUGAAGACCCUAUGAAGGGUGUUCCCACCUACUAUCGACAUCCAACACCUGUCUUGACCGAGCAAGACCAGCAGCUGCCUUUGGCUUUGGGUGGCAUUCAAUGGUACAUGCAGCCAUUUGACCCUGUCGGUACAACUGUUCACGAGGAACGGUGGACUGGACGGGAUGUCAUGCGUGGGAUGAGUGAAGAACUCAGUGAACUAGAUGAGGAUGAACUCGAAGGGUUGAAGGACUUGGUUGAUGAUGGAGACCUGAAGGGCCAGACCACCAGCACCCCGGCUGCUUCACAACAGAAUACCCGUCGGACUCGACGUUUGCGAGGCUCACGAUGA